AUGGCGUGUAUCGCCGUCACUUUCGUCGUCGCCACCCCGUCGACCUCUGCCGACCACUCGUCGGGUUCGCACAUCGUCCCGUUGCUACGCCGGGCCCAAGCCGCUCCCAAACUCUUGCGUCCACACUCUCUCGGCGCUGUUGAAAUCGGCACACCGGAUACCCACGCAACCGCGACGCAGAUUCCGCCCGCCGCGGUUCCUGUUCCUUCAGACUCGACUCCCGUUCCAACACCGUCGCCAACGUCCGCUCCAGAAAUGAAUUCGUCGGUGCUGGUUGGCGUCGUUCUAGGCAGUGUUGCGAUGGUGUUGGUCGUUCUGGCGAUGGUCUUGAUGUGCCGGCGCCGCCAGGCUCAAGUCCGGGCCAAGAUCCUCUUCAAGGGCGGGCCAUCGAACCCGACCACGGAGGCAGACGACCCGGCGAAACACCCGCGCCGCGGCGGAGAGCCGUUCAGCUCUGUCUACGCCACGGACUUUGCUUCGUCCGACUACUGCGACAGCCACUCCCCCAACAACCAAUUUGACGGCAUUCUCGACUCGGAUCCGUUUCGUCGAAAGGACCGCGUCAAGCCCGAGCUCGACCGACCCGCCCCCUUCUUCUCGUACUACCAUCAAGGGAUGCCGUCGCGGCGAUCGUCGCUCGAGUCGCAGGAUUCGUCCAUCAUGUCGUACACAGAGAGCGACCGGAUUCGCGGCACCACGACGUCGUCUGCCGCCGAGGAAACCCCCCGGCAGCACAUGAGCACGUCCAUGAUGGCGCAUCAUCCACCCCACACCCGCGACGACAGCAUGUCCAGCACCGUGACCGCCGGGUACGGCCGGGACAUGUGGGGCAGUUCAUUCGUUCGAUCCAGCGGGGUCUCGACAAGCUUUUCGUCUGCCGGAAUCGACAGCCCAUGCAUUGUCGGCGGCGGCGCGUUCUCGUUGCCGGAAAAGAUGACCAUGCUCGACGACGGCGCGUCCCAGACGUCGUCGCGCGAGUCAUAUGACAUUUAA